AUGUUCGAUGGUUCAGAUACUACGCAGGUCUCCGUUCACGAUAAUUGGGCAGAUGUGAUGGACGAUUCUGCUUCGACUUUGUCUACCUCUACCUUCUUUUCUUCGGCAUCUGUUACCGAGAGUGCAGAUAUCUUAGGCAGGCAUGAUCAGGAUGACGCUGGUUUCCUCUCUAUGGAUGACUUUGACGAUGAGGUAGAUUCAGGUGCAAAAUUGGGGGAUAUUACACCUGGAGGUGGUGGACAUGUUCUUACUCAGAAGACAAUGGAUGACGAGACAGUUCGGGUGACUACUCUGACACCCUUUGGUAUACAGGAGCAGAACCUCACCAUGGACUUCGAGGCGUCACUGAGCCUCGCAUUUGACGAUCAAUCAUCUUACGACGCAUCCCAUGAUGUGUCCUUCGAUACAGCGCACGAAGAGCCGCACAAGGCAUCCUCUACAGGAGUAGAUGCAAGUGGCCAAGGCUCGUCCGCUGAGCACGUAGAGGGUUCGCGUACAGCGGGAGAUGGAGGAGACAAUGUCCUUGACGAGGGCCGAGGUCCAUCGGUGGUUACAGAAGGGACUAGUAGACAGCAAACCUCAGAGAGUCUCGCUGAGGCGGACGUUCAAGUUUGCAAGAAAGCAUCUGGGAGUAGUACGGGAGGACAAACUCCUUCAAGCGAGGACCAGAUCGGUCAAGUUGCAUCUUCCUUGUCUGUUGCUGAUCCACAAGCAACCCAUCAAGUGACGGAGCGACCUCAAGACCCGCCUAAACUGACCAUCGAUACAUCAGUUGCCGCCAACGCUGUCGAACCCACCUCGAAGAACGAUACCGUCGUAGAUCGGAUUCAGAAUGCUAUUCUUGUACACCUCGUGUCCAAGGGUUCUCAUUCACAACCCGGACCUCAAAAAGACAACGCCGGUGGUUCUGGGAAUGUUUUGGCUGCCCUAUCCAACCACUCAAGUUCGACUAGGUCUGGAGUGAUUGUAGAGGGUGGUCCUGUUAUGGCCUCUGCUGAACGGAAUGAGAAUGCCGCCAAACAAACCGAACGAGAGAAGGCACAACCGGUCGAUGUUGCUCCCAGUUCGUCGAAAGUCGGACCCUUGUCGCUCAGCGCAGAACAACCCUCGGCCAAUGUUGACACCAUACUGCCGAACCCCACGCAGGACGACAAGAAUUCUUCUACCAUGCCUUCCUCCGUUGUACACGAUUCGCAGUCACCUCAAGUGGACGUCGACAGAGCCGGGAUGGAGAACGUAGAGUCCAAAGCUCCAGGCUCAACGUCCAUUACAACGAUAGCCGCCAACGAGGAACGUGCAGGAGUAGUACUUACAGGUGACGAUAAAUCCAACAACGCCAAUCUCACUACCGACAUUCCUCCAUCCAAACAUUACGAUGAAGGGUUUAAUGUGAUCAAAGCUACCACCGACAACAAGGGGGCGCUUGCUACUUCUUCUCAAGGGAGGUCGCCCGUAACGGUUUCCUCAGAAACUUCCACCAGCACAGACCAAGGUGAAGGGUUUGAAAUUCUAAAUCACGGAGAUGCGCACGGUGAAGCGGAUGUUUCUUCCCGCUCGUCUAAGGCUGACGAUGUCGCUCGACCCACUCAUCAGGACACAGUGAAUCGCAGUCAAUCAGUCGAAGUCGGAGACGCCGGAAGCCUUUUCGCAUCUUCAGAUCCAUUGGCCGGUGGAUCCGUCACCCCAAACGUCGAAGUAGUCGACGUCGUCGUUCCCCCAACACCCGUCCAGUAUCUUGAAGGUUCAGGGCUCAACGAUGGCAAGGACGGCUUCUUGCCUUCGUCCAGAUCGCCGGCGCUCGACAACUCUGAUGUAUGUACCCUCAAUGGCGCUUCGGUGUCUACUACUGCUACGCGGCCAUUGGAUGCUCUUGAUUGA